UGGUUGUUCGUCAUCUUGGAUACAAUACUGCUCCUCAAUAAAAUGCGUCAUUCAUAGAGCAAUUAUUGGUUCCACCUUCCUAUCAUGUCGUGCGAAAAAUCACUGAACCAGCUCUCUGUGGAGACCCGUGCAAAGCUCCGUUCUGCACAACUCCUUACGUCCCUACCACAAAUAGUUUCAGAGCUGCUGCAGAACUCCCUCGAUGCAGGAGCAUCUCAGGUGGAUAUGGGCGUCAAUUGCGAAGAAUGGAGCUGUUGGGUGCGAGAUGACGGUGCUGGAAUCAACAAAGGUGGUUUGAGUAUGAUUGGCAAGGGAUCGGAGGAAGGAAGAUACAAUACAUCCAAAGCAUACACCCCAGCAUCCCUAGAUUCGGUUUCGACAUUUGGCUUUCGCGGAGAAGCUCUAUUAUCAAUGGCUGAAUUGUGCUGCUUGGAAAUAUCGUCACGGACGUCUUUGUCUCAGGAAAGCUGGUCGGCCAUCCUCAAGGGUGGAAAGCCCUUGUACUCAGGACCAUCGAUUCGGUGGCGAAGAGAGUCUGCAGGAACUGUCGUAUGCGUUAGAGAUGCAUUCUUUAGUCUUCCUAUUCGUCGUCAAUCUCAUCCUUCUCCAGCUAAGACGGUAGAUACAAUCAAGCAAGAGCUUGAGGCAUACGCUCUCAUGUUUCCCGAGGUGUCGUUCACCCUCCAAGAUGACAGUAAAUCAAAAGACAAUGUCUCGAGCAAAGGACACGUGCUUCGGGUUCCAAAGACUCGUUCAAUCUUGGCUGCAUUUCGACACAUGUAUGGUCGCGCACUGACUGAGCAUGUAGAAGAGAUUAAUACUACAUCUGGGGAUCUGAAAGUGGAGGGGUUUAUAUCUCUUGUCGGAGCACGUUCGAAGGUUUAUCAAUAUUUGUACAUUAACAAACAUCCGAUAUCGUUCUGCGACCUCCAUCGCGUAAUUGACAGUAAAUUCUUGACUAGUACGUUCGUAAAGCAUGCAUAUGAUGAAGGAGGGGAAACGAGUCUGCGAUCAUCCGUGCGCCGUUCGCCACGCAAAGGCGAGAAGAAACCUAUUUAUGUUCUAAAUUUGGUCAUACCAACUCGACAUAUUGAUAACUGCCUUGAACCAGCGAAAUCCGUAGUUCAGAUUGAGCAUAAGAAUGUCGUGACAUCUUUCCUCUCUUCUGUGAUAGAUUCGUUUUUGGUUAGGCAUGGUUUCGCAUCCGGUAAACGUGCGGCUGAAGAAGGCCGUGCUUCCCCGCCAAAGAAGCGAAAAGUCACAAUGAUUCCAAAUAGCAUGACCAAAAACAAUGUUCCCCAGCCGCCGGCUACUGGGAAGGCAGAGCCGAAGGAAGCACCGGCGGCGUUCAUUCAUCCAGGAGACAUCUCCGAAGAAAUCCCGCAAAGAACGACCGUUUGGAAAGAUCCUGCCACGGGUGAAACGUUCAUUGUGGACGCUCGUACUGGAAAUUCAUAUUCUCAAAACUCGCGCCACAAGAUUGAUCCAAUGAACACGGCUAGCAUGAGCCGUAUUUCACGAAUUCCCCGUCUUCUGAAGAAAAGCAAAUAUCCUAGUCAUGGUGCAUGUUCCGAUCCUGCUCUUGAUAGUAUGCCCGAUUGGCUACAGGAAGCUCUCUGUGCGAACGAAUCAUAUGCUACCACGGAACCAAAAAUUCCCUCUUUGCCGCUCUUUGCCAAUCAAACUUCCGUUGAUCAUGGCUAUUCUUCUAUUUACUCCAGUAAUCAUUCGUGUUGCGCCCACACUUUUGGGACACUAUAUCCUCAGUCAGGAUCAUUAAGCUCCGAACAUGCACGGACCAGGUUUCACAAAGCAGACCUUUUGAAGGCACAGGUCAUCAACCAGGUUGACCGCAAGUUCAUUGCUUGUUUAGUUGAUCUAGACUAUUCUGCGCAUCAGGAGAAUGGAAAAUCCCUAGAUAAGUGUCCAGCGGGUGGUUCAACCCUAAUCCUGAUUGAUCAACACGCUGCGGAUGAACGCGUCCGAGUCGAGCGCUUUCUGAGGGAGAUUUGCUCUGGUUUCCUUCGGCACUGCGAGGGAACCGGGGGCGUCGACGUUUUGGAACUGUCUCCUGCUGUGCCUAUUCUACUCACGCGCCAUGAAGCUUUGCGCUUGGCGAGUGUCGACGAAGUACGGUCAGCGUUUGACCGGUGGGGUGUGCGCUUCGAGGGAUUGGCCAGGUUGACCUCGUUGGAAUCAGAAUGUAUGGGGGAUGAAGCUAGUGGCGGGUAUGCACAGGUCUUCGUCAAUGGAAUACCUGCAACUGUGGGCGAUAAGCUACUCCUGAACAAUGAGUUGCGAGACCUUAUUAAGGGCUACCUGGGGACUCUUGAAAGCGAGGAAGCACCCCCUCCUAAUCUAUCGCAGCAAAUAGACGCCAAUGAUACCAAGGAUGAGGAGUCGUGUUGGCUCAAGGCUCUUCGCUGGUGUCCACGGGAGCUUCUGGAUUUGAUCAACUCAAAAGCGUGUCGCGGCGCGGUCAUGUUCAACGAUCCACUCUCACUGGAACAAUGUGAACGCCUUGUGAGGAAUCUUGCUGCGACUGCAUUCCCCUUUCAAUGCGCCCACGGAAGACCUUCCCUCGUUCCUUUGACCCAUGUGAGUACCAAGAGCGGCAGGCAAACUGCACCAGCAUUAGAUUGGACGAGGCUGAAUUGACUGUAUCAUUAUCGUGUUCGCCUUGGAAACCUUCAUUGAGAGCCACUUUCACCUUUGUUAUAUACGUUGUUUGUAGAAAGCUCUGGCAUGUUCAACGCCCCACGUGGGUAUCUAUGGUCGCGUGGCAUCAGUGGAUACG